CGGACAUGACAAGGUGACGUAUUUGGAACUGCGGGACAAAUUAAGGCUUUGUGCGGCUUGGUACCGGCGUCAAGGCGUUGACAAGGGUGACAGAGUCUACGUGCAUGUCGACAACUCUAUAGAGAGUUUCGUCGCUGUGUGCGGCGUCCCGUUGACGGGAGCCACUUUGGUUUCAUCGGAUUGUUUGUGGGGUGAAGGUGAUAUACUUCACAAAAUAAAGGUGGGCGCUGUCACUCACGUGCUCACAGAGGAGAAACAUACCGAAAUGUUUACUCGGAUCCUGAAGUGUUGCGAAAUCAAAGAUAUGUUUCUGGUGGGUCAGAAAAAGCCAGGCUUCACCAGCGUCUGUGAAUUGAACGACGAACGCCAACAACCCUGCGACGACAAGGAAUUUGCCGCCGGCGGUAGCGAAUUCGUGGGAUGGACAACGGGCACAACGGGCUUACCUAAAUGCGUUCAGAGGCCAGAGAGUCUCUUCUUGGGAAGUAUUUUGCGGCAUGCCGCUCUCCAAAUUCUUACCCCCGGGGACGUCUUUCUCGGCGACAGCAAUAUCUCCUGUUUACUGAUAUUCAGCAUGUGGUUAUUGGCACUUCACGUAGGAUCUGCAAUUUUGGUCAGUAAGACUUGCAGAACCAUCCCAGAAGACGUCAUCGAGGCAUUAAAGGACUGCGAGGCAGUGACUAUGUUCACCUUUCCUUUAAAACUGAGGAGAAUGCUGAAUGCCAUGAAAGCGUCCGAAGACUUGGCAAUCACGCUGAAAAAGUGCCUGAGAAAACUAUUGGUCAUCGGGACAUCCACACCUGCAGCGCUGGCCGAAGAGCUCGUCAACACCUUCAAACUGGACGAGUUUCGCAGUGGCUACGGCAUGACUGAGGCUGGAGGGUUUCUCGCAGUUCCACCUAGCGGUGAGGUGUCCGGUACGAACCAGGGCUUCCCCGUUCCUUCAACUAAGAUGAAGGUAAUCGACACAGACACUGGCAAGAUACUGGGGCCUCUGGAAGGCGGGGAGGUUAUCUUCUACACACCGUUCGCAGCGACUGGUUACUUUGGAGAUCCGGAGGCUGCGGACGAACUUACCGAUAAACAUGGUUGGAUUCACACCGGUGACCUUGGCUACUAUGACAACGACGGCAGGCUGUUUUUGUGCGGCCGACUGAAGACACUGCUAGAGUGCCAGUCGAGGAAAUUUCCUCCGUCGGAUAUUGAACAUUGUCUUAUGGAUCACGAAGCCGUGGAAGAGGUAUCUGUGCUGGGAAUGCCUCCAGAAGACAUCCAGCAGUUUCCUGCAGCUGUGGUCGUCACGAAAAGUGGCUUCGCCCGGGACCACCAGCUCGCCGAAGAUCUGAAGCGUUACGUGGCUGUCUCUCGUGCUGGCCACCCGCGACAGUCCCUUGAGCGUCCCGAGGCCUCCCGUGCGUCCUUCGCGCACAGGCAGGUCCUCGAUAACGAUGAGCUCAGGCACCCACCUCCGCCAGCUAGGCCCCACUGA